AGAGUUGCGUUUGCGCGCGAACUGUAAGUCCGUGGGUCUCGGGGUCAGGUCUUGGCUGGUCGCGGUGCAGGCCCCUGGGGGAGGCGACAAGGCCACCGGACCCAGCCACCUUCGUCACCCUGUCAUGGAGACCUCAGCGCACAAGCAGCAGCAGCAGCAGCCCGAGGCGGGCAAGAUCAGGAACCUGCCCUGGGUUGAAAAAUACCGGCCACAGACACUGGAUGAUCUCAUUUCUCAUCAGGACAUCUUGAGUACCAUUCAGAAGUUUAUCAGUCAGGACCGCCUGCCGCACCUCCUUCUCUAUGGUCCUCCAGGGACGGGAAAGACAUCCACCAUCCUGGCCUGUGCUAAACAGCUGUACAAAGAUAAGGAAUUUGGCUCCAUGGUCUUGGAGCUGAAUGCUUCAGAUGACCGAGGAAUAGAUAUCGUUCGGGGACCAAUCCUGAGCUUUGCUAGCACAAGGACAAUAUUUAAGAAAGGCUUUAAACUAGUGAUCUUGGAUGAAGCUGAUGCCAUGACUCAGGACGCCCAGAACGCCUUGCGGAGAGUGAUUGAGAAGUUUACUGAAAAUACCAGAUUUUGCCUCAUCUGUAACUAUCUGUCAAAGAUCAUCCCCGCCUUGCAGUCCCGGUGUACAAGGUUCCGAUUCGGUCCCCUGACCCCCGAACUCAUGGUUCCCCGCCUGGAACAUGUCGCAGAAAAAGAGAAAGUCGACAUAAGUGAAGACGGGAUGAAAGCGCUCGUAACUCUUUCCAGUGGAGACAUGCGAAGGGCCCUGAACAUCUUGCAGAGCACCAACAUGGCCUUUGGGAAGGUGACAGAGGAGACCGUCUACACCUGCACGGGGCACCCACUCAAGUCAGACAUCGCCAACAUUCUGGACUGGAUGUUGAAUCAAGACUUCACCACGGCCUACAGGAAUAUCAUGGAGUUGAAAACUCUAAAGGGGUUGGCAUUACAUGACAUCCUGACAGAGAUACACCUGUUCGUGCACAGAGUUGACUUUCCAUCUUCAGUUCGAAUACAUUUAUUGACCAAAAUGGCAGACAUUGAGUACAGACUUUCUGUUGGCACCAAUGAGAAGAUUCAGCUGAGUUCCCUCAUUGCCGCCUUUCAAGUCACCAGAGACCUGAUUGUCACAGAGGCCUAGAUGCUGAGGACCACUUGCUGCCUAUUCUCGGGCCCAGCAGUGACUGGACAGCAGGGGACACAGUCACCCCCAGUUUCGGAGAAUUGUUCCAGGCGUGGGUGGGCAGAUAUGUACCCAAAGUACCGUGUUUGUGGCUGGCUGGAGCAGGGAUGUACAAAGCAGUUUUAAUGUACAGCUCUCUCACUGCACUGCCCAUUUGUGUUUUAUAAGGGGGGGAAAAAAAAGCAAAACCCUUUUUUAGCCUUAAGGCUUUUACCCUUCAGUUGCCUGGAUGAUAGGAAAUGGGCUACCCCAUUUGGAAUAUCAGGCUUUCAAAUCUAAUACAGUCCAAGUGUCUUCCAACUCAAGGUAAAAAGAACAUCUUCAGAGUUAAGUUUGUAAAUCUAAAUCUGUGGCGCUACUUUAAAUAGGUGUUAAUGGAUUUCUGGCCCAAACUAUUAUACUCUUAUAAAGUGGACUCAAUUUUCUUUACUUUAAAAACUGGCCUGCCUUUUUAUUUCUCCUUUUGAAGUAGAGGAGUUGCUAGCAGGUUCCCAGUUGUGGCGUGGACAGUAGCGAAAACAUUCAUUUUAAAUGAUGCUAUCGGGGCCAUAGGUCGUUCAACACUGGCUUGUUUAACCCAGGGCACAUGAGACUAAGCCUGACUCUAAACCUGCAAGUGCUGAAAGGAUUGAGACUCUUCAUAUUUAAUCUAAAUGUAAUGCAGUUUAUCUGCGAGCAUUUGUGCUGCAUGUGUGAUAGUGUUCUGCACAAUAAAAAUAAAGCAGCUUG